CGAUGGACAGCGCGAUCCCCUCGACGAUCGCGGCAGCGGUGGAGGCAGCGGCAGGGAUAGCAUCAUCAGCUGCGCUUGCGGCGCGAGCCAAUCCAGCUCACUCUCAUUCGGGAUUUGCCGCUCCCCAGAAUUUUGCCUUCUAUCCUUGCUAUCUUCCACCUUACUACUAUCCAUCCAAUUCCAAUCAGCCUGCUCAAGGAAUCUCUACACACACCCAGCAUUCUCUUGCUUGUCCAGCGUUUCUUCCAAAUUUUCAAGAUCACUCCGCUGCUCAGGAGCAUCACGAAGGGGUGGAGGACUGGAAUCACGCUGAAGAACUAGAAGAAGAUGUGGAGGAGGAAGAACCUCAGUUUGUGCUCUCGGACGAGUGGGCGGAGUUUUUUGCUCGAUCUGAAGCGAGACGGAAAGAAAGGAAGGAGCUGCAGAAGAAGAAUGCCAAGGCUGCUCAACUCGCUGCCAAGCUACAAGCAAAACUAGAAAAAAUGAGCAAUCCAAAUGGAGCUCCAGCUCCACAAAUUUGAUUGAUAGAACUUUGUUUUGCAUGAACCCUAAUUUGCUAGGGGAAAAGAAAUGGAGGACAGUGCGUCUAUGGAGGUCGAUCCAAGGCCUGGAAUGGAGCUUCGAUCAACAUCAGCUGAUGGCGAAGCUGGUGCAGCUAAGCAUCGCAAGAGGAAGAGAUUGGCACAGUCACGGCGAAAGGCGCAGAGAGAUUCUUCUUCCGAUGGGAGAAAUUCUUGCGGCGACCCUGAGAGCUUCCAAGGCGAUCUCCAAACUUAUGUCGACGCAGUGUGUAAGCAUCUAAACGAGACGAAGUUCUUCGUGGUCGGAAUGGCAGUGGAAAUGCUGGGGAUGAAGAUGGUGAACGAUCUUGUGAAAGAGGUAGAUGAGAUUGAGAAAAAUGGUGGCCAAAUGACUCAGGAUGGCUCACGAAGGCGUACACCCGGUGGUGUGCUGCUAAAUCUGCUCAAGCUGCGGCUAGAGCCGGAGCUAUACAAGACGAUCGUCUCCAGCUCAAGAAAGAAAGCAGUGGAAUUUGCAAAACGCAGGAGGGAAAUGGACAAGAACGAUCCUAGCGAAGGGCGGCGGAAGCGCAGCAAAGUGUGCGAAGGGGACAUGGGAAGUGGUGAGAAAGAGGAAGGUGAACUGGACGAAAACGACGGCGGCGAAAGCGGUGAAGUAUUUGAUCUUGACGCUGUGAAAGACGACGAUGGGGAACAACUUCCCAGUUUUCCAGCUCCCGAAGGAAGGGACACUGUAAGUUACGGUGAUUUGUUCUAGUCUUUCAUCCUACUGCGCAUUAAAGAUUAAACAGGAUCAAAGAGCGAUAAACUAAGAAGAAAAAACCAAAACAAAAGCGAGAAAAAAAAAUUAAAAGAAAACAGAAUAAUUCCAUUCCCUCAAAUAGCACGCGGA